CGUCAAGUUUUUUUUUCAUAAUACACUCUUUACCGUUCACACGCACUUCUCAGUGUACAAAGUUUUUGAUCUAAUCACGCAAUUUUAGCCACUAUUUUGUUACGAAUUUUACUAGAUUUUAGCUAAGCGACAGUACAGACAUUCAGUUUCAAUAUGUCGGAUUCAAAUCCCUUAGAGGUCGACAAAACUGUACAGAUCGGUGACAGCGUUUCUCAAAAUGAAAAGAAGAGCCGCAAAGACAAAUCGAAAGCGCUCACGAAAGUCGUAAUACGUCGUUUGCCUCCGUCAAUGGACGAGGAAACAUUUUUGAAUCAAAUUCAGCCAGUUCCAGAAUAUGACUACUUCUAUUUCGUGUCAGCAGAUUGGUCAUUGGGACGCAACGCAACAAGCCGUGCUUACAUUAAUUUCCUGAAUGAAGAGGACAUAUUCAUAUUCAAGGACAGAUUCGAUGGUUAUGUAUUUGUCGAGACGACCGGUGGUGUUGAGUAUCCUGCCAUCGUCGAAUUUGCCCCGUUCCAAGGACUGCCAAAGUCAAAGUCUCGCAAAAAGGACAACAAAUGCAACACAAUAGACACGGAUCCGGAUUUUAUCAAAUUCCUUAGCUACCUAAGUGGUGAAGCUGGCGACGCCAAACCGGAAAUGAAGAUGGAAUAUUCGUAUCAGAUCAAAGAUGAAAAGAAAAUCACGUCAACGCCACUGUUGGAGUUCAUUGCGAAUAAGAAAGUGGAACGUCGCGAAGAAAGGAAAAAGAAAAUCGAUGAAAGGAAACGGCAACGAGAUGAUGAUCGCAAUCGUAAGAAAAAUCAAGUGGCCAAGUUAAUUCCAUCGAGUAUCCGCGAACAGGAAGAGGACGGUAUCAUUGUGCGAGUCGUAAAAUCACGACCCAGAGAUCGCGAUCGUGGUGAUCGGUCGAAAAAAGAGCGUAGUUCAGAGCAUUUGAAUAAGCCAACCGCAGCGGAUGCUAAACAAAGCAAACCCGAAUCGAACCGUGAAGAGAAAAGAAGAUUGGAACGAGAGCAGCGUGACCAGAAGCGAAAAGAGGAGCGACAACGGUUCAGAGAAGAACGUGACCAGAAACGUCAAGCUGAAAGAGAACGUAACCGAAAGGAACGCGAAAGCAGUAAAAAUAAGGAUGACGUCAAGACUGAGAAAAGCUCUGGUAAGACGGAGACAGAUGCACCGAAUAAAUCAAAUCAGAAAGAGGAUCGCGUCAAAAGAUACAGCGAGAGUCGCCGGGCGCGAAUGGAAAGUAAAGAUCAGGGCGAUGCUGGAAACAAAACAAUUGGAACCGCAGAUAGGCGCGACAAUGAUAACAAGACCGGAAAAAGUGACGGUGAUGCCGAUAAGUCCGUGUCCGUGAAAGGUGAUGAAAAUAAAGAUGCUCCGAAAGAGAAGGCCGUACCACAUUCAAAGGCUGGCGACAGCGAUAAAUCAAACGCUACCGAAGAUGCGAAGAAUCAAGAUGAUAACAGUGGUGACAAUGCAAAGGAAAGUUCAUCUAAGUCAUUAACGAAAGAGGAACGAUUGGCCCGGCGCAUUCGUAACAAGGAUCGUCCAUCGCUCCAGAUCUACCAGCCUGGUCAAGGGAAACGGCGCAUGUCAACGAAAAAAGAUGAUGAAGUAUCCGCAGACGAUGCAUCGCCGAACAUACUCAGUAAACCAUCGUCGCCAACAUCAUCGGAAAAUGCCGUUACAUUUCCGACUGAAAAACCUAGCACGGCAGUGAAAAAGGUCGUCGACAAAGCGAAAAAGGACAGAUCAACAACUGGAGAUCGUGUGAAACCGAUGCCAUCGAAUGAAAAGGGUCGUUCCGAAAGUAGCAAAUCGAGCAGUAAGGCUGGUCCAUCCGCUAGCAAAACUGCUCCGUCACAGGAUGAACCAGUAGAACCGAAAGUUGAACGGAAAGUUAGUCGCUAUUCGGAACGUCGAAAUAAGAUUAAAGAAAAGCAAAUUUCGAAAUUAGAAAAUGUGGACGCAGCAACUGAUGUGGUGAAUACAGUCGAUGAAUGUAAAAAUAAUUCAGGCGAAAUUACUGAUUCCGAAAUUAAAUAAAAAAUAAAUUCAAGAGUUUCA